AUGGUAGUGUGUUGGAGUCAAUCAGCUGCAGCCUUGGCAACAUGUUAAUGGCCAGCAGAGAUAAGGCUUUCAGUUAUGGAAAUGUACUAGGAACCUCUGCCAUAUCUGGAACUUGAUCUCCCAGGCCUUAUUGACUGUAGUCCAAUGUGCAACAGGAUGCCUCACAAAGAUUAUAUUCUUCCAACUCAGAAUGUAAUAACUUUGUCUGAGGGGCCUCGUUUCUUCCCUUCCAGCAAGCCAGUACGCAAAUGGAAUGUCUUAUACCCUAAGGCCAAUCAUCUGACAAGAUCAAAGAUAAGAAAGUCAAACGAUUUUAAAGUCGUGACUCACAAGAGAGGUUCUUCACAUUUUUUGAUUACGAAAAAAGCAUUUUCUCGAUUGCGGUUGUUUCAUGUGGAAAGCCAUCAACAGUACUUUUCAGAACAUGCUUCAGAAACAGAAAAUUUUCCUACUGUUUGGUGUGCAUCAGAUUCGGGAUGUGAUAAGAAGGAACUAAGAACUUUAAAUUCUUAUUUUGGAAAACUCCUAGAUGAUGCAAAUCAGACUUCUUCAGGUUCCAAUAACAAUGUGACAGAGUUACAUGGACAAGCCGGUCAGACCAAUUCAAAGAAUAGGCUAGAAUCUUUAAAUGCUUACCUUGGCAAACUCAACAGUGCUGAAGCUGCCAGAUCGGAAAAUGAUGUACCAUCAGCUCAUAUUGACCAAACUUCUGAACAGAGUCUAGCAGAAAAAACACUCCUGGCAAGCAACAACCUUAAAAGAGGUGACAAGGGGGAGCUGAAGUUUUUGAAGGAGCUGAGAAGUGGGGAUGGUGAGAAGGGUUUUAGGAAGUCUAAAGCUUUGCAGCAUUAUGAUGAAACCUCUGAUCUAUACUUGAUAAGCAUAUUGGCUUCCAUAAACAUUGCAGUUUUUCUGUUUGAAUUAGCCAGCCCGAUUGGCAAUGCUGAAUUUGAGCUCUACUCUCUCCCUUUAUUAUAUGGAGCAAAGAUAAAUGAUUUGAUAUUGGUUGGAGAAUGGUGGAGGCUAGUAACACCAAUGUUUCUGCACUCGGGGUUUUUUCACGUGGCUCUUGGUUGCUGGUCUCUGGUUACAUUUGGGCCUCAAAUUUGCCGAAAUUAUGGUUCAUUUACAUUUUUACUGAUAUACAUUCUUGGAGGAAUUUCUGGAAACUUGACAAGCUUUCUACAUACACCAGAACCAACAGUUGGAGGAACAGGACCAGUAUUUGGGAUAAUUGGAGCUUGGCUCGUUUUCCAAAUGCAAAACAAAUUUGUAACUGCCAAGGAUGUUGCAGAUAGUAUGUUUCAGAAGGCAAUAAUUACAACAGGUCUUAGCUUCAUAUUAAGCCACUUUGGUCCAAUCGAUGACUGGACACAUCUUGGAGCUGUAAUUACAGGUAUAGUUUAUGCCUUCUUCACAUGCCCAACCCUACAACUCGAUGAUACAUCUUCAAGAACAGGUCAAGAGGAAGGAAUUACUGUGGUCAGACGAUACGCUGAUCCAUGCAAAUCUCUAUUUUUAUUUGCUAUAUUUGUUCUUGUUUUAAGCUCUUUACCUUUUGUCAUUGAAGCUCCUAUCUACAAAAUAGUGCUUGAGAGCUUAGAAUAGAUAUGCAUAUAGGAUGUAAGAUACUAGGUUUCAGUGUUCAAACUCAGCCGGCAUGCCUGCAGAUGACCUGAGUUUGAAACGUACUUAAAUCUGUGUAAAUACUGGAUUUCAUGUUGUACACAAGCUUGAGUGCAGUCUUGAUACAAUAAAGAGAACUUUAGUGUGAA